UAGCCUUCCUUAACUGUUUGACUGAGGUAUAAGCGAGAUGAUCACUUCAACGCGUUAAGAGUAAGGUGAGUAAAUGUUGAAGUUAUUUUUAUUCCUUAAACAUGCUCACGAGUAUGUGGAUCAAUGAACUGCAAACACAUACUCAUAAGUAUGGGGGUUAAUGAGCUGCAAACACAUACUUACCUGUUCUAAACAAUCUUAUUGUAUAUUAUGUUUAUCCCAAGAUAGACCUAUUUAUCUCGCUGAUCUCAUCAGUCAAUAGUUAUUACUCACGUUUUGCUAUUGUCUAUAUAGCUGCGAGUUUGAGUAUUUCUAUUAACUAUACUCCCCGAGGCGAGUCAAUUAAGUGUAUUUAAUAAUAUGUAACUUGAGCUGGUUCAUAUUCCAGUUGUGAUAAACGUGUCAACUUUUAAUUGCUGAUUGGAAUAUAGGCAUAACAUUCUUCUUAACAAUUAACUAAGGGUGUUCAUUGGACCACAUCUAAUAUUUUUAGGCCUACCCAAGUCUGAUCCAAUUAUAUAUUGGAUGUUAUAGUUUACUAUCCAAGCCGAUCCAAUUAAUUUCAGUCAUCCUAUCGAUCUAACAUCCAUUAGAUGUCGGAUUGGAUUGGUUUUAUCUGUAUUAUGUAUAUAUCUAUUAGUUUAAUUUGGGUCUAUCUAAUAUUUUAGACUUAAUAUUUUUUGGAUCAGAUCGGAUCCAUUCAACAUGUUAGGUCCAGUUUGUAUUGGAUUGGAACCAUCCAAUCUAAAAAAAAGAGUAAAAUUUUAAUGUUUAUUUUUUUAUAUAUAUAUUUUACUUAUAAUAAUAUAAAAUUUAAUUACUCAUCAAAAUUAAAUAAAAAUACUAAUUAGUUCGAUUGGAUGUUGGAUGUAUUCGAUUUUUGGAUACCUCAUCCAACAUCCGAUCCGAUCCAUGUUGGAUAUUUAAAAAUAACAUCCGAUCUGAUCCGAUCACAAUUAAAUAUCUAAUAUUUGGCGGUCGGUUGUUAUUAGAUUGGAUCGAUUUAUGGACACCCCUACAAUUAAUGAUACCCAUCACAAUACUCUUAAAAGCAAUUUAUCACUUAAACCUAGAAUCCUAAACUAUUAGACCAUCUCUAAUACAAGAUGUAAAUAUUAGGUUAAAUUUGGCAAAAAAAAAUGAACAAACUUUAUUAUAAACUUUAAAUUUAACACUGCACUAGACAUAAAAUUUAGUUCACUGCUUGCACGGCGAAUACCAAUACCAAAAUAUUUACUUCUUGUUUUAUUUUUUAAUCUAAAGACUCGAAGAAAAGAAAAAAAAACUUAAGAUCACUUCAUCGAACAAUGUGAUUCAACUCAACCAUUAGAACAUUGUUAUUGGGCAUCAGUGGUGCUUAGCGUUCUUAAAAUGUGUCGUCUUGGGAUUUGCUAGCGAUACUCCUUAAAAGCUAUUAUAUUAAACUAUAUGAGACCCGAUAUUUUUUUUUUUUUUUAAAUGUGGGACCCGAUACUUAAUUAGACCAGUAGCGAUAUUGAGAUGUAAGAAAGUGCUUGUUUGUCACCACUGGUCGCUUCUAGCAUUUCUCCAACCAUUAUUAUUAUUAUUAUUAUUAUUAUUAUUAUUAUUAUCUUCUAUAAAAGCUUUAAGCUCUCUAAAAAAGAAAAGAAACUUUGGGAUUUACUCUUUCUCUCUCUUGGGUUUUUCGCUGUGCAUUUGUCUCUGGUUCAUGAUCUAAAUUCUAAAGUACAUAAAUAUAUUAAUAUAUCUAACCUUUAACCAAAUAGCAUUGUAGGCUGUAACAUGUUUCGUGGAACCCUUGGUGCCGGUCAUUUUCUCAAGAUAGUCGAUGAAGAGACUCUUCAAAACAGCAAGCUUCUCAUUCCUGACAUAUUUACAAGGAAACAUGGUGAAGCCCUAUUUGAUUGGGUGUUGGUUAAGCCUCCAUGUGGUUCGAAAUGGAAAAUGGAGUUGGCAAAAGAAGACAACUAUAUUUGGUUAGAGAAGGGUUGGUCAAAUUUUGCAAAGCAUUAUGCCAUAAAGAGUGGCUUUGUUAUAAACUUUAAAUAUGAAGGGAAUUCUGAAUUUAAUGUUGCCAUAUAUGAUUUAAGUUUAUUUGAGAUAGACUAUCCCUCUGUUCCUAUCAGUUUGGUUGGGUCUAAUAUUGGUGAUGAUUCAGUUGAAAAAUCUUCAAUGCCAAGUUCUAGGCCUCAAAAGAAAAUGAGAACUAUGCCAACAGCUAACUUUCAAAGCAAUCCACCUGGGCAAAAUCUCGAGUCCAAAACAGAAGGCAUGAAGUGAUUUUACUUUGGAACUUGAUAUUCUUUUUCUUUAAUAUAUAGCUUUAACAAGAUUUGUUGUGAUAGACAACAACCUCAGCCAGCAAACAAACAAUAAUCAACACACCAGAAAUGAAUUAAUGAGUUGCAGAAAAUAUAAUAACAGAAUUUAAAGAACACAAUCAAGAUUAUAGAGGUUCGAACUUCCUUCACAAAGUGAAGAGCCUAGUCCUCUUUGAACUCCCUUAGAAUUAGUCUUUAUUAUGAAUCAAAUGGCAAGAUUACACUAUGUUUAGUUGUACAAAUUACAGAACAUAGAGAUGAUGAGUUAUUCCCCUUGUUUAGCUUUAAUCCUGAAGCUUGAACACCUUGAAACCACCUGAAGCUUGAACUUGCUUCCCUUGGUCUCUAACCCUUCUGUUCUUCAAUGCUUCAUAAGUUUCCCUCUCUAAAACAAGUAAUCCUCCUCACCAUACAUCAUUCUCUCUCUAUCUCU